AAAAAACGCUCGUCUACAAAGGCAAGAAACCAAAAGGCCACAAAGAAACAGCGGAGCACCACCCAUGAGCAUUUCUCUUGUUAAUAUUAGUCCUGUCAGAAAUGAUGGCAGUGGGAAUUUUCUAAGAUAUCUUCCUUCCUCCGCUUGCGUUCUCCACAGGUCUCAGUCUCAGUCUCAGUCUCAGUUUCAGUCAUACCCACUUCGAUCUCGUCUCUCUGCCCUCUGCUUCUCCUCUCCCCCCGGUAAUUUGUUCAGUUGCAGAUAUGGAUGGUGGUGGAGGUCCAAGUUUGUUUCCAUUGCACCGAUGCAAAACUCUUCAUCUGGACAUUCAAGAUUGCCUUCUUUCUUGGCUUUUGCUCGCAACUCAAGGCAUUGUGGUCUUUUAAAACCAUACAUCCAGGUGAGGCAUGCACAAGGGAUCCACAAUGUAGAUGGAGAUAAGAGCUACAAAGCAUACUUGCGUCCUGAAUAUUUUGAUGCACACCUUACUCCACUAGGCUGGGAGCAGAUUGAUAAUUUACGAAAGCAUGUUCAUGCCAGUGGGCUUUCCAAGAGGAUUGAAUUAGUCAUUACAUCCCCUUUGAUGAGGACUAUACAAACUGCUGUUGGAGUAUUUGGUGGUGAGGGUUACACAGAUAGGAUGGAUGUACUGCCUCUAAUGGUGGCAAAUGCAGGAAACAGUGGCCGUGCUGCAAUCUCAAGUCUUAACUGCCCACCAAUUGCAGCAGUAGAACUUUGUCGAGAACAUUUGGGAGUUCACCCUUGUGAUAGAAGGAGGAAUAUCAGUGACUAUCAGUUCCUUUUUCCUGCGGUUGAUUUUUCACUGAUAGAAACUGAUGAGGAUAUAUUAUGGAAGGCCGAUAUAAGGGAGACCAAGGAAGAAGUUGCAUCUAGGGGAUUGAAGUUCAUGAACUGGCUAUGGACACGAAAAGAGAAGGAGAUAGCAAUUGUUACCCAUAGUGGACUCUUGUUUCACACUCUAAGUUCAUUUGGAAAUGAUUGUCACCCGGUGGUGAAAAGUGAAAUAUGCAAACACUUUGCAAAUUGCGAGCUUCGUUCUAUGGUCAUUGUCGAUCGAGGCAUGAUAGGUUCAGAUGAAUCGACAACUAAUUAUCCAGGAAAGAUUCCUUCUGGACCGGAUCUCCCUAGCGAUGUGGAUGAGAAGGAACUAGGGAAAGAAGGGUCAGAUUCUGGAUUUACAUAGACAAAGAAGUGCUACAAGGUUGAAUUGGUGAGCAAAUGGGAAAACUAGGUUCCAUACUAAGCUAAGAGCAUUAUUUGAAGCUUGGGCUUCUCUUACUCUACAUUCCUAGUUGUGGUAAUGCCUUUGAAAUUUAUUUUAACCUAAAAAUGAGGUUUGAAGUUGGGCUAAUUUAGAAGGGAUGAACAAUGAUUCAAUUUUGAAUGAAACCUAGAUGAACUAGGUCAUUAGUUGGUAGGAGCACUGUAGUAGAGCUGCCCCGGAGCAACUUAGGCCGAUUCAUGCCCGUUCCCUCGCCAUGCCCUUCCUGUACCUCCUGCUUAUUACAGCCAUGAAUGACACCUUGUCUGUUUUCACUA